AUGUUAACAUCACGACUUUUUCAAUUCAAAAAGUGCCCACAAAUGGUAGUGGAGAAUAAUAUUUGUCCCUUUAAACUGUCGAGAAAGACAAGAUCACGUUGUUUACAAUUCAAAAAGUGCCCACGAAUGCAUGAUUGUGAAUUUUCUGAUCGGCCACUGUGUCAUGUGGGUAGGUACCUGGCUGCCCAGAGCGAGGCAGAUCACUACAAGAGGGAGAUGAAGAGGGAGCAGGAGGAGAUCAUUGCCGUCCCAGACACCGAGGCUGCUGAGAUUGGGGAUAUCAUGGCAGAGUAUGGGCUCGAACCGCAUGAGUAUGGCCCUGUCGUGGAGGGCCUCCGGAGGAACCCGCAGGCUUGGCUUGAGUUCAUGAUGAGGUUCGAGCUCGGAUUGGAGAAGCCGGAUCCUAGAAGAGCCUUGCAGAGCGCUUUAACAAUAGCGCUAUCUUAUAUCAUCGGUGGAUUGGUCCCUCUCCUGCCCUACAUGUUCAUCUCCACGGUCCAGGACGCCAUGCUCACAUCAGUUGGAGUCACGCUGCUCGCGCUCCUUUUCUUUGGCUACAUCAAGGGUCGGUUUACUGGGAACCGCCCGUUCCUCAGCGCUGUCCAGACUACUAUUAUUGGUGCUGUUGCCUCUGCUGCGGCAUACGGGAUGGCGAAGGCUGUGCAAGCUAGAUAA